GGGACGCGAGGCGGAGCGGGGCCCCACACAGGCCGCGGCGGCUGGCUCGGGCCCCUACGGUCCCGGCGGCGGCUGGAGGAGGAAGCCAGGCGGCUGGAGGAGGAGGGGAGGCGGAGGAGGCCGAGGCUGGAGCGCCGCUCGCCGCAGACUCACUUCCCCGGCUCAGCAGGGAAAGGUUCCUAGGAGGCCAGUGCGGACGGUAUGCAAAGUUGUGAAUCCAGUGGCGACAGUGCGGAUGACCCUCUCAGUCGUGGCCUACGGAGAAGGGGACAGCCUCGUGUGGUGGUGAUCGGCGCUGGCUUGGCUGGCCUGGCUGCAGCCAAAGCACUUCUGGAGCAGGGCUUCACGGAUGUCACUGUGCUUGAGGCUUCCAGUUGCAUCGGAGGCCGCGUGCAGAGCGUGAAACUCGGGCUGUUGUUGUCACCAUCAGGACACGCCACCUUUGAGUUGGGAGCCACCUGGAUCCAUGGCUCCCACGGGAAUCCCAUCUAUCAUCUAGCAGAAGCCAACGGCCUCCUUGAAGAGACAACUGAUGGGGAGCGCAGCGUGGGCCGCAUCAGCCUCUACUCCAAGAAUGGCGUGGCCUGCUACCUCACCAACCGUGGCUGCAGGAUCCCCAAGGACGUGGUUGAGGAAUUCAGCGAUUUAUACAACGAGGUCUAUAACUUGACCCAGGAGUUCUUCCGGCAUGGUAAACCAGUCAAUGCUGAGAGUCAGAACAGUGUGGGGGUGUUCACCCGGGAGGAGGUGCGCAACCGCAUCAGGGAUGACCCUGAGGACCCAGAGGCCACCAAGCGCCUGAAGCUCGCCAUGAUCCAGCAGUACCUGAAGGUGGAGAGCUGUGAGAGUAGCUCCCACAGCAUGGACGAGGUGUCCCUGAGCGCCUUCGGGGAGUGGACCGAGAUCCCCGGGGCCCACCACAUCAUCCCCUCGGGCUUCAUGCGGGUUGUGGAGCUGCUGGCCGAGGGCAUCCCCACCCAUGUCAUCCAGCUGGGGAAACCCGUCCGUUGUGUGCACUGGGACCAGGCCUCGGCCCGCCCCCGGGGCCCUGAGAUUGAGCCCCGCGGCGAAGGUGACCACAACCAUGACGCCGGGGAGGGCGGCCAGGGAGGAGAGGAGCCCCGGGGAGAUGGGCGGGAUGAGGACAAGCAGUGGCCGGUGCUGGUGGAGUGUGAGGACUGCGAGGUGAUCCCGGCGGACCACGUGAUCGUGACCGUGUCGCUGGGCGUGCUCAAGAGGCAGUACACCAGCUUCUUCCGGCCAGGCCUGCCCGCCGAGAAGGUGGCUGCCAUCCACCGCCUGGGCAUCGGCACCACCGACAAGAUCUUUCUGGAAUUUGAGGAGCCCUUCUGGGGCCCCGAGUGCAACAGCCUACAGUUUGUAUGGGAGGACGAGGCGGAGAGCCGCACCCUCACCUACCCGCCGGAGCUCUGGUACCGCAAGAUCUGCGGCUUCGAUGUCCUCUACCCGCCCGAGCGCUACGGCCACGUGCUGAGCGGCUGGAUCUGCGGGGAGGAGGCCCUCGUCAUGGAGAAGUGCGACGACGAGGCGGUGGCCGAGAUCUGCACAGAGAUGCUGCGGCAGUUCACAGGGAACCCCAACAUUCCAAAACCUCGGCGAAUCCUGCGCUCGGCCUGGGGCAGCAACCCCUACUUCCGAGGCUCCUAUUCGUACACGCAGGUGGGCUCUAGUGGGGCAGACGUGGAGAAGCUGGCCAAGCCCCUGCCGUACACCGAGAGCUCCAAGAUGGCGGACCCACGUUGAUGGAGCAUCUCAUGGUAGAUGGAAAAGAGAGAUACUGGAACAUCUUAACAUUUCUACUCAGGAGUGGCAUAUGUUACUUCGAUUCACAUUUCAUUGGUCAAAGCCAAUCAGUGGCUGAGCUUGAUGUCGGUGAAUAGGCAUAGAAUCCUCCUGCAGAAAAGUGCCCAGCGAGUUGGGCAGCAGAUGUUGUCAUAAUUACAAUACAUUCUAUCACACUGGUCAUGACAUAGUAUUACUCUAAGAUGUUGCUGGAUUUCAUGCACAAAUAUUUGUGUAGGCUUUUGUAUCUGUGUUCACAAGUGACCUAAGAUUUUUUUUGUCUUGGGCUUUCCAGGGCUUUUUUUUCUUCCCCUCUUGGGCUUUUAAAAUAAUUUGGGUAGCCUUGCAUCUUUUUACUAUAUACAUUGGAAAAAUAUGUAUAGAAUGUUAAUUAUCUGUUUUCUGGAAUUUUAAAGAACUUGCAAAACUUGUUGGACUUGGUUUUUUGGAAGUAGAACCUUGCAGUCAAAGUUUUCAUUUCUUUUAUGGUUAACUUUCUUUUAUGGUUAACUUUCUGUGAACGUUUUCUACUUUUUGGGGGGAGAUGCAAUAUUGGCGAUUUAUAUUUUUUUAGAAAAUUGGCCUUUUCGUGAUGGUUUAAACAUUUACUGCUUAAAAAUGGUUCACAGUGUUCUCUGUGACUUUAGUCGUACCCCCCUUUUGCUUCAGACUUGUUCUUUUUCAUUGUGUUUACGUUGACUGGGCUUUUUCAAAAGGUACUGUUUUAAAAGAAGCAUUCUUUCGUGCUUGGAAAUAUCUGCCUCUUGCCUUUAUGCCUGAAUGAUACCCUGUUUAGCUUCAAAAACCACAGUCUCUCUAUCACUCUUUCUGUUCUUCAAAGCACAUGUACAACAGGGCUUUUACUUCUCACAAAAAAUGUGAGCUGGGCCCCAGUGACAAACCAGGAAACCUAGGGCUGGGGAUGGUGGGGUCCCUGUUCUAGGCCAGAGGAGUGGGUGUUCCAGUCUGGACCCGUGUUUGUUCUAGCUCAGUGCAAGAACUAGAUUGGUGUUGCCACUUGUGGUAGAUGAUGACAGUGACCUUGGUUCUUCCCUUCUCCCCAUGACCCCAGGCUUUGCCAUGUGACCUUGGUUCUUCCCUUCUCCCCAUGACCCCAGGCUUUGCCAUGUGACCUUGCACUCAUGCCCCAGAAGAGGUUACUAUGGGCUGAAUUGGGUCCCCCACAGAUUCAUAUGUUCAUGUCCUAACCCAGCUACUUGUGAUGGAUUGGAAGAUUAAUUAGCAAAUAUCCAAUCACUCUCCUUUCCCUCUGGGAGCAGUUUAGUUUCCUGCCCCAGUCACGUUAGGCUUGGCCCUCUGACUUGUUUCACCCAAUGGAAUGUGAACAAACAUGAUGUGAUAUGAGCAGAAGUUUUAAAUAUGCUUGCACAGCUGGGCUUUGCUUCUCAUGCACUUGCCAUUUGUCAUGAGAAGAACGUGCCCCCGAUAGCUGAUGUUUCCAGGAGGCGAUGGAGGAAAGGGGAACAGAUCCGAACCCAUGGAAGCCUGGAACCAAACCUAGGAUCUGCAGACAGACACAUAAGCGAGAAAAACAAAACGCUUGCUCUUGUAACCUGUGCAUUUAGGGGUGGCUUGUUUUGCAAUAUUAUCGUGGCAAUAGCUGACUGAUACGCCUCUCUUUGGGGAGUUGCUCAGUCCAAGAGGGUUAUUUCUAGGCACUGGUGAUAGGAUGAGCAAUGGGCCCAUAGAUGGGGAAGCCACCCAGCGUAUAAGGGUGGCUCAAUCCUACCAAUGGGCCUGCAGGAAUGGGCCAAGGGAUUCAGUUCCCUGGAGGAUGCAUUCCAUGGCUUGACUCUGGCUCAGAGAGCUGGAGACAGAAGCCACUGGGCAUUCUUUUAGUUCUGUUUUAUCAGUCUGAGGAAAGAUCUUCUACCCCCAACUACCCAGUUCUCAGCUAAUGAAGAACUUCGUUCUAAAAAUUCAGAGCUGCUGGCUACUCUUCUUCCAUCAAACGGAACAUCUGAGAACCUAGACCAUUCUAUUCUGCUCUCAGGUCCCUUCUGAUCCCAGACCCAUAAGCCUGGACAGUCCAGUGAGCAUGAAGUCUUUGCUGAAGGUAGAAAGUUCCUGCAGGGAAUCAGGAGGAUGGGGGCAUCAUUACUGUGUCCUCAGCUACUCAGCAGUCCUUGGGCAGUGGAGCAGGGACUGGAAGUUAGAUAACUGGGUGGGCUCUUCUUGGGUUUAUGGGUGGGGAGUGGGGAGAUAUGCAGUGAAGAGGGUAGAGCUUUUCCUUACCAACUCCCAGCCAGUGAUGCCUUUGUUGUAGAGGGCAAAGCUCAGGCAAGGGCCCCUGAGUCUCUUCUCCUCAGCUGAACUUCCUCAGCUCUGGAGUCCCCACUGUUUCCAAAUGGUUGGCUGAUACCCUUACUUUUCAGUCCUGUUUUGAAUUUCUAUCCUCUUUUUAGGCCUUUGUUGAUGUUUUAAGGGGAAGGGGUCUUAUAAAGGGCUUGACAGGCUGGCAUCUUAAGUCGGAAGUCUCUGUCCUUGAUUUAAAAAAGGCUUUUCUACACCAACCGUGUGUAUGAAUUUCAGUAGCAAAGUCAGGAGAAAAUUUGUAUGUGGACAACCACAGAAUUUGUGUAUGGAGUUAGUGCUGGAUGUCCCAAAUGCGGAUUUGGGACAUGGGCAUUCCUAUGGAUGGCGACACGGAAAGAAAGGAAACCUGCGAAUAGAGCUUUAGGACAUGCCUCUAUAUAGGGGGAGACCAAAGAGGGACAGGAAAAAGAAAGACAUUCCUGAGUUGGUUAGGGGCUCCUAACAGGGCAGGCAGGUCUGGAUGGUAGCUUGAGAAUGCUGAGCGUGGGGAUGGCCUGUGGAAAUGCCAUCUGCAAAAUCUUCUAGACUCUACCUCUUCUCGUCAUUCAUUUCCAUCCCUGUGGCCAGUGGCCCGAACACCACCAUCUCUUGCCUGGACCGUGGCAGCCCUCUCUCUAACUGGCCUCCUGCUUCUGCUCUGGUUCCUCUUUCUCUUUAUUAGCCCAACAUAACGGCCGGAGUGAUCUGUUCCCCCCAAGUCCGUUCCUGUCUCUUCUUUGUUCAAGCCCGCCGAAGGCUCCACCUGAAUCACCUUGCCCCACCUGGAAAGCCAGCGUCCUGCUGUGAUUUGCACAGCCCCGUGUACUUUGGCUCUCAUCACCUCCUGCGGCUGGCCCCUUCAGCGCCUGCUCCCCUCUUUUGCCUGAUAGGUUCUACCUACUCGGUCCUCCUCGCUCAUCUUCAAACACACCAGGCCUCCUCCUAAGCCGGGACUUUUGCACCUGCUCCUCCCUCUGCCUGGAAUGCUCUUUCCCAGAGAUCAGCACGGCUCACUCCUUUACGCUCUUCAGGCCUUUCUCCUACAUCACCUUCUCCCUGAGGACCUCCCUGGGUACUUGAUCUCAAAGUGCAAUCUCCUCCCUCCCCAACACUUCUAUUUCCUUUCCCUGUUAUGUUUCUUUUGCUUGUCACCAUCUACUGUAUAUUUUGUUUAUGUUGUUUAGUACACAUCACUCCUGUCUCUUCUGAAAUGAGGACUCUGUGGAGGCAGAGAUUUUUUUCUUUUGUACACUGAUGCCUCCCCAUCUGCUGGGCACAUAAGUAGAUGCUCAGUAAAUAUUAUCAAAUGCAUACACUGUUCAAUGACCGUCAUGUGGCCAUUUGUUAUUGGCUGGUGGGGACUAGCUGGUUGAAAGGCAUCAGAGGGCACCUGGGCCCCCACCUGUGCAGUUCACAUCUGGGGUUGGAGGAACACCAGCUGCCAAAUCUGCAAGAGGACCAGGCACUUGACACUUGUUGGCUUGCCCUAGAUGUUCCCUGAGAGCUGAGACAUAAAAGCUGUCAAGACUGGUUUCUGAGGGUGCCAGUCUGAAAUGGGUCCAUGAUGGAUGAAGCCGGAGACAGGCAAAGUGAACUUAAAGGCACAGAGAGGGACAGAAGGCUGGGACUGAAGCCUGAGUCAUUUGGAUGGGUGGACGUAUCAUGGGAACAGAGGCAGGAUGUGCAAGGAGGUGAAGAUGUGGACGGGAUGGAGCCCUAUGCCUGGUGCACUCAAUCAACAACUCUUCCUAUUAACGUCUCUGCUCAGCCUCUGAACUCACUAAGGGACUUUCAGACCACAGUUUGGCUUCCCAUCAAGUUUGUUUGUCAUCAUGAAGAUAGUGGCUUGUGUAUAUAGUUAGGCUCUACUUCCCAUUAAAAAUU